AUGAAUCUAACCGAUAUUUCGUACUUUACUGGCGUGUGCACCAUGACUGCAGAGUCCCAGCAGUCACCCACCGAAGCCUCCUCUGCUUCGGAGCCCCUGGAGAGCUCUGCGGAUUUGUCAUUGGAGUCCCCGGGAAAGAACGAGGUGAUGGUCAAAUCGGAGCCCAGGGGCAGCACGCCGAUCGCGGAGAGAGAUGACGAGGACGUUGGGGAUAUUGAUGGACUGAUACCCACUUCUGGAAGCAGAAGGAGGAAGCGUCCGAUCCAGCGUGGUAAACCCCCUUACAGUUAUAUCGCUCUGAUCGCCAUGGCCAUUGCCAACUCGCCAGAAAGGAAGCUGACCCUUGGAGGAAUUUACAAGUUUAUAAUGGACCGGUUCCCAUUCUAUAGGGAAAACUCCAAAAAAUGGCAGAAUUCCAUCAGGCACAACCUAACGCUCAAUGAUUGUUUUGUCAAGAUCCCCCGUGAACCUGGGCGCCCCGGGAAGGGCAACUACUGGACGUUGGACCCGGCAGCUGAAGAUAUGUUCGACAACGGGAGCUUUUUACGUCGGAGGAAACGUUUCAAGCGCUCAGACAUCACCACUUACCCAGGUUACAUGCAAAACUCCAGUGCCUUCACUCCAACUCCAGUUGGGAGACCCUCCUAUCCCAAUGCACUCUAUCCCAGCGUGGGCUCGGCCUAUAGCCCCCAGGUCCACAGCAGCGGCCACCACCCGGCAAUGCUGCAUCACUACCAGAGCUCAGCAGUGAGUCAGGCCCAGCACAGGAUGUUCAGUAUUGACAAUCUCAUCAGCCAACAGUCCGUUUUGCAGGCCUCAUCUGGGAUUGACUUAAACUCUCACCUAAACGGAGAACUUGGACCAAUGGUCAGUUGUUCCAUUGGCGGGGCGGAUGUUUCGAGUUUUCAGUCGCAGUCCGCAAGCCCCACUGGGAUGGGAGCCGGGUUAAACAGGUCUUCCAACAGCAUGACUUCUAAUACGACCUAUUCCUAUUCUGGAUCCCCUCCUCAUCUAUCCAUAUCCCAAGCCGGCUACUCUCCCAAUAACACCCAGAUGUACUGUCCUUCGAAUCGACUCGCCAUGCCGUCCAUGAGACCCAACUCCUGCUCCGAUCACAGCGACCAGCUUUUGGGUUUGUCCAACCAUCAGAUGAACGGACUUGCACAGUUCAAUGCCAACAAUUCGUACAUGCGACAAGCAAGCUAUGCACCUGCGCUUGACAGAUUCAUGUAG